CGGAGUACUUGACCCGAUCAAAACUUCAACCAAACGUCUCGCUCAAAAAGAACUGAGCUUCCCCACUGAGAAACCGCUGGAGCUCAAAACUCUCCAAGAUUUCUUCGCAGCGAGAUGAGAUCCAACAUUGUGUCCGAGGCAGGGUUGCAGACUAGGCUGAAACAAUGGUGGGAAGGCAUACCUUUUCUCACAUCGGCUGUAGUUGUUGUUUGUGGUAUCAUUUAUCUGGUCUGCCUGUUAGCUGGUUAUGACUCCUUUACCGAAGUAUGCUUCUUGCCAUCGGCUGUUGUUUCCCAUUUUCAAGUUUACAGGAUGUACACCGCUAUUCUGUUUCAUGGCUCUUUACUUCAUGUUAUGUUUAACAUGAUGGCAAUGGUUCCCAUGGGUUCUGAGCUGGAGAGGAUUAUGGGAUCUAUACGUUUGCUUUAUAUAAUAAUUCUGUUGGCAGCAAGCAAUGCCCUAUUGCACCUGGUUAUUGCGUUAUUGGUUGCUCAUAAUCCUUUUCAUCCUGAUCAGUUUCUCAUGGAUCAGUGUUCAAUUGGCUUCUCGGGUAUCUUAUUUUCAAUGAUCGUGAUAGAGACAAGUCUUAGUGGAGUCCAGUCUCGCAGCUUCUUUGGACUUUUUAACGUGCCUGCUCAAUGGUAUGUUUGGAUAUUACUAGCUGUGUUUCAGCUCCUGAUGACAAAUGUCUCAUUGCUCGGACACCUAUCUGGUAUUCUGUCCGGAUAUGCAUAUAUAUACGGGUUGUUCAACGUCUUGAUACCUGGGACUUCCUUCUAUUCAUCCAUUGAGUCUUCUUCCUGGAUGUCUACUUGCGUGAGGAGACCUAAAUUUAUAGUGUGCACUGGGAAUCCCUCAGCUCACAUCCCCACAUAUUCCAGUCAAAGCACCACAUCAAGUGGAUUGCUUUCUGGAAACAUUUUGGGUAAUCUUUCUUCUUGGAUGCCACAUAGAGAAAGUCCUGCGCAGACAGCCGAAGAGGAUAAUAGAUUUCCCGGUCAAGGGAGAACACUCGGUUCCAACACUAAUCAAGCAGAUUCACAUGCAAAUUCUGAUUCGACUUUACAAACAAGACUUUUGGAUGAUGUUGACAGCCCAAUUUUUAAUGGAAGGCCGGCUGUAGUAAGCAAUUCAGUGAUACCCACGAGAACACAGAACAACCAGGCCUCCGUUGCAUCUGAAGGGGAAAUUCAGAAACUUGUAGCCAUGGGCUUUGAUAGGACACAGGUAGAAGUAGCAAUAUCAGCUGCUGAUGGUGAUUUGAAUGUUGCGGUUGAAAUACUUAUGAGCCAACAGGCCUAGACGACAAAAAAUGCUCACCAAGCUAAUAACGAAAUCCUUUCACGGGAAAAAGAGUGUCUGAUUGACGAUCGAUAAACGUAAGAGGAAGUUGAAAAGUUGCUUUGGAGUUGUAUAUAAACAACCAACAGUAAAAAUACAUGUAUUUGCAACUCUUUUGUCCCAUCAGUUAUUUCCAUGGGCUGACAAUGUAAAGAAAUUUCUACCUCUGUUAAGCUGACAUAACACAUAAGAUGACUUCAGUAUAUGGUGAUCCUCUAUUGGAGUCUUGGAGAUACAAUCUUUGUAAUUGCAGA